AUGUCCGAUUUCCCGCUUCAAUCCGUUCCGAGUCUCUACCCAGACGCAGCAGGCCACGAAUCUUCAGCCGGGACUGAGACAGGCCCAAGUCCUGGUCCAUGUCCAUGGCCCCAGACGAUGCCCCUCCCAUCCCCAGAAUCUCCUCACUCUACAGAUACAUACACGCUUCACCCGGCAUCUUCCCAAGCAAGUCGAAUUCCAGCUCGCCCAGCCAGGCAGAGGACUCUUACUCCAGACCUUUCCCCGUCCCCCUGA